CGGGCGGCGCGGUGGCGGCAUGGCGGCGGCAGCGGCGGGCCAGGCGGCGGGCGGCGGAGACUUCUCGGACCUGCGGGAGAUCAAGAAGCAGCUGCUGAGCGUGGCGGAGCGGAGCCGCGAGCGCGGGCUGCAGCACAGCGGGAAGUGGGCCUCCGAGCUGGCCUUCGCCCUGGACCCUCUGCCGCUGAGCGAGCUGCCGCCGCCCCCGGCGCUCACCGAGGAGGAUGCUCGCGAUCUGGAUGCUUACACGUUAGCCAAGUCUUACUUUGAUCUAAAGGAAUAUGACAGGGCUGCCUAUUUUCUGCGGGGCUGCAAGAGUCAGAAAGCUUACUUCUUGUACAUGUACUCCAGAUACCUGUCAGGGGAAAAGAAGAAGGAUGAUGAGACAGUGGAUAGUUUGGGACCUCUGGAAAAAGGACAGGUGAAAAAUGAAGCUCUACGAGAAUUGAGAGUUGAACUCAGCAAGAAACACAAGGCACGGGAACUGGAUGGAUUUGGCCUUUAUCUGUAUGGUGUGGUGCUGCGGAAGCUGGACCUGGUGAAAGAAGCGAUAGAUGUGUUCGUUGAAGCUGCCCACGUCUUACCUUUGCACUGGGGAGCCUGGCUGGAACUUUGCAACUUGAUUACGGAUAAAGAGAUGUUGAAGUUCCUGUCCUUGCCAGAUACAUGGAUGAAAGAAUUCUUUCUUGCACACAUUUAUACUGAGCUGCAGCUGAUAGAGGAGGCUCUGCAGAAGUAUCAGAGUCUCAUUGAUGCAGGAUUUUCCAAAAGCACUUACAUCAUCUCUCAGAUUGCAGUUGCCUACCACAACAUCCGAGAUAUUGACAAAGCUUUAUCCAUCUUUAACGAGCUAAGGAAACAAGAUCCUUACAGGAUAGAAAACAUGGACACUUUCUCCAACUUGCUGUAUGUGAGGAGCAUGAAGCCCGAGUUGAGCUACCUGGCUCACAAUCUGUGUGAGAUAGACAAGUAUCGUGUUGAGACCUGCUGUGUGAUUGGGAAUUAUUAUAGCUUGCGUUCCCAGCAUGAAAAAGCAGCACUGUAUUUCCAGAGAGCCUUGAAAUUGAAUCCUCGUUAUCUGGGAGCCUGGACACUCAUGGGACAUGAGUAUAUGGAAAUGAAGAACACAUCUGCAGCUAUCCAGGCUUACAGACAUGCAAUAGAGGUGAACAAAAGAGACUACAGAGCAUGGUAUGGCUUGGGCCAAACCUAUGAAAUCCUCAAAAUGCCAUUUUACUGUCUCUAUUAUUACCGACGGGCCCACCAGCUCAGACCAAAUGACUCUCGUAUGCUGGUUGCUCUAGGAGAAUGCUAUGAGAAACUCAAUCAGUUGGUGGAAGCUAAAAAGUGCUACUGGAGAGCUUAUGCUGUGGGAGACGUGGAGAAAAUGGCACUGGUAAAACUGGCAAAGCUGCACGAACAGCUGAAUGAAUCUGAACAGGCAGCUCAGUGCUAUAUCAAAUACAUCCAGGAUAUCUAUUCCUGCGGGGAGCUGGUGGAGCAUGUGGAGGUGAGCACUGCCUUCCGCUACCUGGCCCAAUACUACUUCAAGUGCAAACUCUGGGAUGAGGCCUCGGCUUGUGCUCAGAAGUGCUGUGCGUUCAAUGAUACUAGAGAAGAAGGAAAGGCCCUGCUGCGGCAGAUCUUACAGCUUCGCAACCAAGGAGAAACCUCAUCCACAGAUAUUGCUGCUCCCUUUUUCCUCCCUGCGUCACUGUCGGCCAACAACACUCCCACACGCCGUGUCUCCCCACUCAACCUCUCUUCUGUAACACCGUGAACAAUGCUGGUACUUCUAACCCCUGUGCUGAGUGGGACAUUGCAGAUGGGGCUUGCAACCACCUGCUUCUUUCCAGUGACAUUUCUACGUCCAUUGUUGCCUUCACAUUGAGGGGUCAGAGUUGUUGGAGCCCACAGCUGCAGAUGGAGUGCCCAGCAGGCAAAGGUGCAGCUGAUGGAAGAUGCCUGUGCUGAGACGUGAGAACCUGCUUUUCUCACCGAGUCAUUACAGUCAGAGGGCAGACAUGUUCCAAGAGACAGGACUACUCAGAACCGAGGGACUGGGAAGAGCUUGUUUGCUUGAGUUCAAAUAUAUUUGAAGUUUGAUUCUGCCCUGUUACCUCUGGUCGUUACUGAACUUCUUUGGAUGACCUCUUAGUGGUGUCAUUGCUGUCUGCAUUGGAAACUGUUACUGCCUGGCUACCUGAGGACUUCUGCUUGUCUUAAACUACACAGAAGAUGUUCUAUGAAAGCAGUAGGUACAGGCACUUAGAUAUAGGUGCCCUGUUGGUGUUGAAGGACUGAGAAGUGUCAGAGGCAUUCCAAGUAGCCACAGAUGGCAGCUGUUUGCCAUUCUGUCUGUGGAUCUGAUGGAUACUGUGGCUUUCAGUAGAAGAGCAGCCAGUGGGAUAGCACAAUUAAAAACUAAUGGUUAAGUUA